CAUGGUACAGUGACGUCACGCCCAUUGCUUUCCCCGGGUGUCCUGUCCUUGGGAAGCGCAGCUAUGGGGCUGUUACCGGACGAGGCUCGGUCGCUGCCGCCCCCCGGGCUGGUGAAUAGGAACUCGGUGUGGAUGGGGCUGAUGGGCUACCUGACUGCCAUUACCCACAAUGCUAUCCGGCAUAUGCCGGCCCUGCGGGCGGGCGUGCAUCGGCAGCUGCUCCUAACCAGCAUCGGCGUGUUCCUCGGGUACCAUGCCACCAAGUACGAGAACUACAGGAACGCGAAUACGGACCGGCAGCUCUUUGAAUACAUCAGGCAGCACCCACAGGAUUUCAAGGUGCCAGAAAGGAAAACCAUGGCGGAAGUGCUGGAGGAAUUCACCCCUAUUCGCUGAGCCCCAUUCUCCUGAGCCCGGCCCAUUGGUGAUACGGAAUUAACUGUUUGUUAUCUGGCAGCCGUGUUUCCCCCCCCGGCGGCUUCCAGGAUUGUGUUGAGUGGGGGGAAUCGGAAAAAUAUAUAUUGUAUUUAAAAAGA